AUGGAGAUGACAACACAACCUGCCUCGUUCCGUGAACGGCGCUUUUACCGCAUACGUUCAUGCUCCUUGAUCACAACGAAGGGCAAGGGGGCGCAGAGCGAAGAAACUCCCGAUGCAUUCGAGGGAGUGGAAGACGUCCUAUGCCGACUCGCCCAGACACACCCCACCCAGACGCCGGAGCGCUGGGAACUCAUCACCCAAAAGUUGAAUCGCGCUAUGAGGAAUAAGAAAAUCUCCGCCCAGCCCAUGAAGGACAUAUUUGCCAAGGAAGGUCUCUGCAUCCCACAGUGCUGGGUGGCCGAGAAGACUCAAGCCGAAAAGGACCGAGCUCUGGCGCGAGGUCAAAAGUCUGCAGAGAAGAAGAAAGGAGCGUUGGGUAGGACCUUAUUCGGAAAGCAGAAGACGGUCGCCGCUGCGGUCGCCGGUUCAGACCGAAAUAGAACGGGAGAGGCCCAAGCGGUCGGAGAGGUCAAAGCGGACGAAGCAAACGAAGCCGACACUGAGACGGAGUCCGAUGAGGACGUUGCAGACCACCCUGCGGCAAGGACAGAAGGAGGAGCAUCAGUAUAUAAGUACAAGGCUCUCUCGAAGUAUGAGGUAUUCUCCUUCAUGCGGAGGGUUCAUGACCGAGCCGGUGCUGCGAUUAUUGAAACGGAAGAAGCCGUCGAAGAUAUGCGUGAGGCCAAAAAGAUGGUUGACAUGCUAUAUGAGCACCUUCCGGUGCAGACGGUGAAGGAGAUUUCGCAGCAGAACCGGAUCAAUGCUAACCUGAUGCAGGACUCCGUCGCAUACGGAGAAAUUGACAUAUCUCAUUUUUUGAAGGUGAUGGUGAAAUUGAAGCGAAUUCACGGAAACAUGAUGUCUGCAGGCGGAAGUUUUUGGGACCUUGGCUCCGGUGUUGGGAAAUGCGUGAUCGCUGCAGCGAUGAUGCAUAAUUGGGAGCCCAUUACCUCGUUUUCUCACAUUUGCUUUCAACGAAAAAAGUCUUGCUACGGGGUUGAGUGUCUCGAGGAUUUGCGAGCAGCAGCGAGGCCCACGCUAGAGAGAUGGAGAAAGGAGGAGGUACUCAAGCUAAAUAGCGUCAAAGCAAAAAUUCGGGUGGAUUUCAUUAACGCCGACGCUAUGAACCAAAAAGGCUGGGUGGCAGAAGCUACUCUCCUUUUCGUGCACACCAACUUUUCGGCGAAGGAUAUAAUCGAGAUAAAAACAAAGGCCGAUGGCAUGAAGGUACGCACCGUCAAAAAGUCAACGGGCUCCUGUCCGGCGAUCCUCUGUGCAGAGCGUACGCUUCGACGUCGUAGUUCGGUCGGAAAUAUAACUUCUCGAUAUGAGUUCGUGAUAAGGAUGUGUACUGUUGUUGGCAAGAUCGAGUCGCCUGAGGUGCAGAAGGACAGCUAA